CUUUCUCUACCGACGACCACCCUCUGCUUCUCUCUCUGUCUGCUUUGCUUCUUGCAUUGGGGCGCAAUGGCCAAGGGCGGGCUCAGCAGCAAGCUGCGGUGCAUGAUCAAGCGGUGGCACUCGUCCAGCCGGAUCUCCCGCACGCCCACGGGCGGCUCGCACGGCGUGGACGGCGAGGAGGGCCCGUGGGGGCGCGGCAUCGGCGCGGACGACCGCGGCACGGCAGCUGGGUCGACGUCCUUCCACGGCGCCGACGGCGUGCCCGCGGGCCUCCACCCGGUGUACGUCGGCAAGUCGCACCGCCGCUACCUCAUCGCCGCCGACCUCGUCGGCCACCCGCUGUUCCAGAACCUCGUUGACCGCUCCGGCGGCGGCGUGGGCGGUGUGGCCGGGGGCACCAUCGUCGGCUGCGAGGUCGUGCUGUUCGAGCACCUCCUCUGGAUGCUGGAGAACGCCGACCCGCAGCCCGAGUCUCUCGACGAGCUCGUCGAGUACUACGCCUGUUGACCGGCAGGCCGCUACGUACACACUUCAUCGUCCACGCCGGCGGGGUCGCGCGCCGGAGGUUUCUAUAGGGAGUAAUUCUUUCUUCAUGCUAGGGUAGAGUGGUAAUAUACGCCUAUCGAGCGCGUGCCGACCGAAGGCGAAGCGAGUGAUUUUUAAACCGUGUGGAGAUUUUAUUUAACCUCUGAGGUGUUCGUGGUAAUUUUGGAGAUUAGCUGUGCGAUUACCGCGCGCCCAAGAAUGAUUGAUCCAUAAUCAGUUCUCUAAUGGUUGGUGCAGUACUCCUAGCAUCUUCAUUAUUCUGUUCUUCCCAUUUCCUUAUUUUUUUCUUCUCUUCUUUCAAUAAUAAGAUUUAGGGAUCAACGCAUCCAUGUACAUUUCCGUCGAUGUAUAAAGUGCAUGCAGGCUCAUUUUCUUCUGGGAUAAA